UUUACCAAUUACUGUUUCUGUCUGUUAAAUCUCCAUCACAAUUUUUUCUCUUUUUCUUUUUUUCUCUCUUCUCACAGAGAGGAGGAGGAGGAAGGUGGAGACAUGGCUACUCUGAGAAGAGCAUUUCUUCUCACAACCAAAGGAGGAGGAAGAAGGAGAAAUUCUUCUUUUUCAUUAAUCCAGGAAUUACUUCACAAUACCCAUCCCAGAGAAGAAGAAGAAAUCAUUGAAUGCCAAGAUGAAGAUAAAGAAGAUGAUGAUGAUGAUGAUGAUUCGGAUUGCUGGUCUAAAAUGUUACCGGAGAUUCUCGAAAACAUUAUUCAACGAGUUGAAUUGAGCGAAGAUCGAUGGCCGAUUCGUAAAAGUGUUGUUUCCUGUGCUUGUGUGUGUAAGAGAUGGAGAGAUGUUACUAAAGGGAUUGUUAAAUCUCCUCUUCAAACUGGAAAAAUUACUUUCCCUUCUUCCCUCAAACAGCCGGGACCUCGAGAUUUUCCGCUACAAUGUUUUAUUAAACGGAACAAGAAGAACUCUACGUUUUAUCUUUAUCUUGGACUUACCCCAACUUUCAUGGAUAAGGGAAAAUUUCUCUUAGCAGCACGAAGGUUCAGGCGUGGUGCCCAUACAGAGUAUAUUAUAUCACUUGACGCAGAUGAUAUAUCUCAAGGAAGUAAUGCAUAUGUUGGGAAGUUGAGCUCCGAUUUCCUUGGGACCAAAUUCACAAUCUACGAUAGUCAACCUCCUUUUAAUGGUGCAAAGCCCUCGAACUGUCCGUCAACCCGCCGUUUUGCUAGUAAGCAAAUAAGCCCCCAGGUUCCUGCUGGCAACUUUGAAAUCGGCCAGGUAUCUUACAAGUUCAAUCUCUUAAAGUCAAGAGGUCCAAGAAGGAUGCUGUGCAAUCUGCGGAGUUCGGAGACAAAACAAGUUACUGACGAAGAAGCGCAGAAGAAGGAUGUUGAGUUGCAGGGUGUGACAGCCACUUCUGACUCUAUGGUUCUGAGGAACAAAGCUCCAAGGUGGCAUGAGCCCUUGCAGUGCUGGUGCUUGAAUUUUCAUGGUCGGGUAACAGUUGCUUCAGUGAAGAACUUUCAGUUGGCUGCGGUAGUAGAUCCUAGCCAACCAGGAGGAAAAGGAGACGAGGAUGUCGUGCUCUUACAGUUUGGAAAGGUUGGUGAUGACAUGUUCACAAUGGAUUACAGACAGCCUCUAUCCGCUUUCCAAGCAUUUGCCAUCUGCCUCACUAGCUUUGGAACAAAACUAGCCUGUGAGUAAAGAAAGAAAAAGAACAAAAGAUACUUUUAUUAUUUGUCCGUCUCCCUCUAUCUAUACUACGACUGCCUACUGGCUUAUAUUAGCUACCUCAAAUGUAUUCAGAUGUUUAUCUUCUCGAUAUCAGCUUUUGUUUGUGAUAUUUAUAUUUCAAAGAAAGAUUGUUGUAUAAAUAUGGAGCAGCCAACCAUCCUAAUGUUGGCCUUGCAAGUAAUGGAAAUUUUGAUUUUCUGAAUA